CCCGAAACGAAUCACUCUGCGCGGGGUACAAACAGACGAGCAGUGGGCUGGAGCGUUGACCGUGGAGGGACUUUCGUUCGGGGGGAGAUGCAGUUCCCUCUGAAGAGAUGGAGCCACUCUGUAAUCGCUUGUGUGUUCAGAGCGUUGUGCAGCAGACGUCACACUGUCUGGAUCCUCCUGGUCUUGGUCCUGGUCUGCAUCGCCUUCCAGACUUUUGUAGCUCGACAAACCAGACAUGACAAAGACUCCGGUGUGGCUGUGCUUCAUUUCUCUGUGAAGAAACCACCGACAUUUUCUCUGAACUCCAUUUUGGGAAACUUCUGGUCCAACUCUGACCUGAACCCCGAACCACUGCAAAACGAGGAAACCAACUCACAACUGCAAAACUCAGACCAUUUCUCAUCCAAAAGAACCAGCAAAACCACCAUCACAAGAAGCAAACACACAUCGCCAAGCAAAAGACUCUCAACUGUUGAUAGAAAAUGCAGAGCCAGGACUCACGUCGUUUUCCUGAAGACCCACAAAACGGCGAGCAGCACCAUCUUGAACAUCUUGUAUCGUUUUGGAGAAAGCAGGAACUUGACGUUCGCUCUUCCGUUGAACAAAAACAGUCAGUUGUUUUAUCCUUCCUUCUUCGCUCCUCAUUUCGUGGAGGGAGUGAACAGCCACCGCUUCAGCGAGUUUCACAUCAUGUGCAACCACAUGAGGUUCAAGGGGUCCCAGGUUGCCAAGGUGAUGCCCCACGACACCUUCUACUUCUCCAUCCUGCGAAAUCCAAUCCCCAUGAUGGAGUCCAUAUUUAUUUACUACAAAAGCAUCGCAGCUUUCCACAAAAAACGAACACUGGACGAGUUCCUCAACACCAGCAGGACUGAGUACAACAGUUCUCUUCCCAACAGUCACUACGCGCACAACAUCCUCGCGUUUGACUUCGGCCUCGACAAUAACGUCACUUUCGAGUCUCCGGAUCUCGAGAAGCAAGUUUCCAACGCUAUUUACGCCAUCGAACGCGACUUCCAUCUCAUUCUCAUUUCCGAAUAUUUUGAGGAGUCCAUGAUUUUGCUCCGGCACUCCCUCUGCUGGUCUUUAGAGGACGUUGUAUCAUUUAAAUUGAACAGCCGAAGUGACCGCUCACGUCGUAAACUUUCCCCGGAAACCGAAGACAAAAUCAAAAAGUGGAACGCGCUGGAUUGGCGGAUUUACCUGCAUUUUAACUCUACUUUUUGGUACAAACUGGACACAGUCGUCGGGCGAGUACAGCUGGAAAAAGAAAUAUCCGAACUGAGAGCGCUACAGACUAAGCUCGCGGGGAUUUGUCUCAAAGACGGCGGCGCUGUGGAUCCUUCGAAAAUCAAAGACACCGGUAUAAAGCCUUUCCAGUACGGCGCGGCGGUUAUACAAGGAUAUAACUUGAAUCCAGACAUGAACAAUCAAACGAGAGCCGAGUGCGAGCGUUUGAUCAGGCCUGAACUGCAGUACACAGAUAAGGUUUACAGACAGCAGUUUCCGGAACAGUUCCAGUCGCACAAACAGGCCCCCAAAGCAGGACUCAGACAAAAGAGAUUCAUUCAUUUAAAAACACCUCAAAGUGCCCUUAACCGACACAACAAAAAGCCUGCACCUUGA